AGUGAACCUAACGGCCGCAGAGGCGCUGUGUGGUCGAUCACAGCUGAGAGCGGCUGACGCUCCGCCAGUCGAGCUUGGAACAGUGUAGUGAACGCGUGUGGAGCUCUUGCCACGGCAGCAACGGUACGAUGACGCCAAGAGCUUUAGGGUGAUACCGUGACUCACCAAAUGUCAGGGAGGAGAGACUGCGCUGGAGAAAUGCAAUGAUGGCGGCCGAAUGAGGAGCGAUUCAUUCCAAUCAUUCCAUUAUCUUCAGCUUCUGUGAUGGACAUUCUGUGAACAAGCUCCGGAGGAAAGAAAAAAAGGAAAAACAAAAGAUAAUCGCAGUGAAGGAAUCGGAAUCUCUUAAGCGUUGAUCCGUGUGUUCCCCCGUGUCCCUGUGUGUGGAUUCGAAACCAUUGACAAAUAUGACACAAGGGAUUCAGUUUCGGUGUUUUAUUGAUCUGUUCUGUUGGACGAUAAGUGCAAAAACCAUGUCCGGAAUGAGAGGAAAGUCAAAUGCCUGUUUAUGAAGUGCUCGGAGAAAUGCCAAGCGCGAGAUAACACACAAGUGAGAGAGAAAAAAACAAAGACCGAAAUUUUCCCCGCCGUCUCGCAAAAUCUCGCAAAGUAUUGAUACUGGAAAGGCCGUUCUGUAGAAGCCACUUUCCGCCCCCCACGAUUUCUUUAAAUUUUGAUCAGAUUUCCUUUGCUCUCCUUCCAAGAGAGAGAGAGAGAGAGAAGGGGUUCUAAGCCGAGCGUCUCGGGAGAUUACAAAGUUGUUUUCUCAGUUGUCCCGAGCGUAACCGGGAUUUAGUGGAAGACGCGUCUGUCUCCUCCCGCGGUACUUUGCGCACUGAAGGAAACCCAAGGAAAGGUGCAGAUAUAUAAGCUACUUCUGUUGCCCGGUGAUCUGUGAAUCUCAGUGUGAUAGAAAGAAAAUCAAAAUCUAUAGAAUAAAAAGGGAGAAAACAACUAGAAUUUUCUAGAUAAUUUUUUUAAGUGAUACGAGACGUAAGUUCCACGAAAGCUCCGCCCCCUUAACCGCCCCCCCUCACCCAACCCCCUUGCUCCUGCUAUACCAGCCUCCCCCAGGAAAACAAAAUGGCGGAGCUCCUGAGCGUGCAAGUGCCCAGCCGGCGCGGUUUGGGCGGCUAUGCGGAAUUCCACAAGGAAGGCGCCACCACGCCCAUGAUGGGCUCGCCGGCCGCCCACGCGCCUUAUCUCAACUCGGCCCUCACCCACGCCCGCAUCAGCAACGACCUCCGCAAGAAAGUCGUGAACGGGGCCAGUGCUGGAGUCAUCAUGUCGCACCUUCCCAAACGACCUCCUGUUGACAUCGAGUUCUCUGACCUGUCUUACUCCGUCCCGGAAGGCAGAAACAGAGGCUACAAGACCAUCCUGAAGGGCGUGAGCGGGAAAUUCAAAUCCGGUCGCCUCACCGCCAUCAUGGGACCUUCAGGAGCUGGGAAGUCAACGCUGAUGAACAUCACUGCCGGAUACAGGAUCAGCAACGUGGUAGGAACCAUCACGGUGAAUGGGCGAGAGCGUAACCUGCGCAAAUUCCGCAAGAUGUCGUGCUACAUCAUGCAGGACGACCACCUCCACCCCCACCUGUCCGUCAUCGAGUCCAUGACCAUCUCCGCGAACCUCAAGCUGGGCGACCGAAUGAAGAGACAACAGAAGGAGGAAGUGGUAAAUGAAAUCCUGGAGACGCUGAACCUUACAGAAUGCCGUGACACCCGCGCCAUAAGCUUGUCAGGAGGUCAGAGGAAGAGACUGUCAAUCGCCCUGGAGUUGGUCAAUAACCCACCUGUCAUGUUCUUUGACGAGCCCACAAGUGGUCUGGACAGCAGUAGCAGCUUCCAGUGCAUCAACCUGCUCAAGACGUUAGCCCAAGGUGGUCGCACCAUCAUCUGCACCAUCCACCAACCCUCGGCCAAGCUCUUUGAGAAGUUCGACUACCUGUAUGCCCUGGCAGAAGGACAGUGCAUCUACCGAGGAGCCAUCCACGGGCUUAUACCUUUCUUGGCAGCUAUGGGCUUGGAGUGUCCAUCGUACCAUAAUCCUGCAGAUUUCUUGAUGGAAGUUGCAUGUGGAGAGUACGGAGAAUUCACUCACAAGUUGACAACGGCCGUCAGAUGCGGGAAGUGUGACAACCUCGGCCCAGACAACCACCUUGGAGUCCGGGCAAAGCAGCAUGUCAUAGCCCGAGAGCCAGAUGAUCACAGAGAGGCAGGAGGUGGCGGAGACCCAUUAAACAGAGGUGGUGGAGGUGGAGGGGACAACAGGCCGGGUGAGACGAGAGUCAACCUCUCCUCCACACGGCACUCCCUUCUCGCCUCUGAGGAUGAGAGCAUCGAUGACAUCCCCAAUUCAUUCCCUACUUCUGGAUGGAAGCAAUUCGUCAUUCUCUUCAAGCGCACAUUCCUUUCUAUCAUUAGGGAUGGGAUGUUGACCAAGAUGCGUAUCUGCUCACACACACUCAUUGGUCUGCUGAUUGGACUCCUUUAUUAUAACAUCGGAAAUGAAGCAGGCAAAGUGUUCAACAACUCUGGAUGUUUGUUCUUCUGCAUGCUAUUCCUGAUGUUUACUGCAAUGAUGCCCACCAUUCUCACUUUCCCUCUCGAGAUGAAUGUUUUCAUACGAGAACAUUUGAAUUACUGGUACUCCCUGAAGUCAUACUACUUAGCCAAGACAAUGGCUGACAUGCCCUUCCAGGUGAUCUAUCCAUUACUGUACGUGUUACUGGUGUACUUUUUGACCGAUCAACCCCUAGAGGCACACAGGUUCUUCAUGUUCACCACAAUGUGUAUCAUGACAUCGCUAGUGGCUCAGUCUCUUGGCUUGGCCAUUGGUGCUUGUAUGAAUAUACAGGGUGCUGUGUUCCUGGGUCCUAUAACAUCCAUUCCUGUGUUGCUGUUCUCGGGAUUCUUUGCUAAUUUCUCAACCAUUCCAAUAUAUCUAAGGUGGAUAACCUAUAUAUCUUAUGUAAGGUACGGGUUUGAAGGGACACUCCUCAGCAUAUACGGGUUUGACAGAAAGCCGCUACAUUGCUCGGAGCCUUAUUGCCACUACAAGUCUCCCAAUAAGUUUCUAGAAGAGAUGGACAUAGUGGGCGCAGAGUUCUGGAUAGACUUCCUAGUGCUCUUCUCCUUUUUCAUCAUCCUUCGAACAAUUGGCUACUUUGUGCUUAGGUGGAAACUUAAGGCUGAACGCUAGUGGAAAUUCCAUGUUUAUAUAUAUAUACAUAAAUAUAUAUUUAUCACCCUAACUUUAAUUUUUAUAUACAGUAAAAGUGUUUUUUCUGUGAAGUAUAUUAAAAUACAAUUUUUUCAUCAUCACUGUACUACAAGCUAGUUUACUCUUCACAAGAGUUCUAUAAGAGUAUAGUGGGAUGCAGUGUCCACUUUGGUGCCUGAUGUAGUUGCAACCUCAAAGACUGGACAAUUGUGGCUAAAGUGGACAAGUGAAGUCUUUCAAGUGUAUCAUUUAUGAGUAAGCAGAAAGACUGGAAAAAAAAGGUGCAAGUGAAACCAGUUAUGGAACGAAAAGCGACAUACGCAAGAAGAAUUGUCAGUGAGGUGCAACCAAAAGGAACACACACAAGUGAAGUAGUGAAGGUCUUCCAAGCGAAGGUGUUAAUGAGGUACAGGUAUAGAUGACUGAGAAUGAGGACUUCACAUGCACCACACUUGCUCUGAUGAUACCCACACAACACAUUAAUGGUCUAAAGUCACAUACCAGCAUCAGGAGGUGUCAACUAGAUAAGGAGGAAAAAAAAACAAAAAAAAACGCAGCCUAGUUGUUAUGAUAAAAGUGCGUCGCUCUCAUUUAACGCAGGCUUGAUUCGGAAAGUCAUUCAAAAUACUCCUCUUUCAUAUGUUUAAUAAGCACUGAACCUCAGGGUAAAGGAAACAAGUGAAUGCUUACUAUAAGUGUCCAGAAAUAUUUAUGAAGGAGUCACAUAUGGGUGCAAGUUUAGCUCAGUAAGCCACGCAGUUUACCCCACUUGUAUGUGUGGUCUCUGUUAGGUAAUAUGAAAUGCAUGUUAAGCUGUAUUUUAAUCUUAUCAGCAUGGUUCAGCACCAAAUUCAAAUCAUUGAUUUUUCUUUUUCUUUUUUCUUUUCAGUAAGUAUAAAACUUUGUUCUCAAGUUAUCAAAUGUCUUGGAAGUAAUACAAGAAAUUCUUUCUUGUGAUUAGCACAACAAAGAUAGGAUAUAAACAUAUUUAACAAAUUCUAAAUAAACAAGAAAAAAGGAAAAAAAAAAAAA